GUGAAAAAAGUGAGCCAAAGUUGUUUCUGUUAAUACAAGUUUGUUUAACUAAAUUUUCUCCAAAGUUCAGCUGAAUUAAUUCACCUGGAUGGAUGCUAAAGAGCUGAAAGAACAGUUGGAGGCGGUGGAGAAAGCUAAACCCAUAAAUUUCCUCACGUCGCACAUAACAUCUAUAAUAGAGCCACUUAACGUGCCUACAUUAACCAUACCGAAUGAUUUGGUUUUGCCGGAUAACAUACCAAUUUACCAUUACGAAAUCGACAACAGUAUUAUGUAUAAUCCAUCCUCCGCAUUGGUCGAUCUUGAUGGAACAAUAAAGAAUGGUGCCCAUUUCUCAGUUCCAGUUAUUCAGUCUUCCGUAGAACUAUGUGUGGACUCCGACCCGCUGGAAAAAAUUGCUGGGAUCGAGAUGGGCACAGAUCACGUGCGUGUCCAAAACAAUGUACCACUAACCAAGCCCAACGAUAAUCCAUCAAUCUCAAAAGUUCCCGAUCGUUUGGAAACCUACACCAACUCGGAUAAGAUGUUUGGCUUACGGAAGCUGCCUUCUAUCAACAACAGCAACCCAACAAAUCAAGCUCACCAAAAAACCAUCAUUGUUAAAGGCUCGAAACCGUUUAAAAUUCUGAAGUCUCCCAAUACCAAAGGAACAAAUUAAGGUUGUUUGAAAACCUACACCAAAUGCGAUGAGGUAUUGGGCUUACAGAAGCUGCUUUCUGUCAACAACAUCAAACCAACAAAUCGAGCCCACCGAAAUCCACCAUUGUUAAAAGCUCCAAAUCGUUUGGAAGUCUGAAGUCCGCCAAUGUCAAAGGAGCACAUUAUGGGCAUUAAUUAACAAAAUAAAGCUAUACAUAUAGCAACAGAAAUUAGAUAUGAUCUGGUAACAUCAUUUAAAAAAAUCGGAAAAAAGAUUCCUUCAUUAUUUCUAUUCUCCUAACCGAUUCGAGUAUCACAUUGCUUCUCAAAGCCUAUCAUGAUGAACAAUGCAGAACAUGCCGUUCCACCCUCGGAUGUAUAGCCAAUAUGCUCGAUUGGAGAACUUGAAGAUGGUCCAUCGUUUCAGGUACAGAAAUAAACCGAUAAUUUUUCAUUAAUCUUUAAUCUUCCAUUAAUGAACUUC